UAGGCAUUAGUAUCUGUUCACAAAAAAGAGAAAAAACUCAGGAAAGCUGUUCUGUAUGUAUGUGUGUGUGUUCAGCUUGGGAAUUAAGUCAUAAGUCAUGUUUUCACAGUGCUCUAGCUGGCACAGCUGGCCCCUUGCCAGAUGGCCCUUAUCGUUCCUCGUUGGAAUCGUCUCCUUAUUGGCUAAAGAGAUGUCAGGGUCUCGCUACUUGUUACUGGCUGGCCCAACUGCCAAACAAUGGCGGGUGUUCCGGAUAUUGGCUUCUAAGCUGUCUAUCUCUGCUCUACGGGGUACCUAUUGGCUCAUGUGAGGCUGGACUACAAAUAUGACACCGAAUUUGUAGUUCAUCAACUGGGAAGUGAGAGCCGGGGGAAAAAAAAUGGACGGGAGUAAACUCCGUGUACAGUCUUCGGUCAGAAAAAUAACUAUUGUAAGGCGAGCACAGCAAUUUGGAUUAAAAGGCUUAGAUAGUUCUUGGACCUUGGGUAUUCAUGAAAAAAUAUUGAAAACUAUGAAGCAAGGUGAAUCAGAUGAAUCAGAAAGGAGCCUACAAAGCCCUCCCCCUCCCCCACCUUCGCGCAUCAGACCACAUUACUGUCAUGCUAAUGCCUGCAUACAGACCACUCAUUAAAGUCACCAAACCAGUUCAGAAACAAAUUCAGGUGUGGCCUGAGGGGUCAUCGGAGGCUCUUCAAGACUGCUUUGACACCACGGACUGGAAUAUGUUUAAGCAGGCUGCCACAUACAAUAACACCACAGACACAGUACACGGAAACUGUCACUGCCUACAUCACCAAGUGCAUUGUUGAUGUAACGGUCACAAAGACCAUCACUAUCCGGGCCAAUCAGAAGCCAUGGAUGACAGGAGAGGUGUACAGACUCCUGAAGACGCGGAAUGCCGUCUUCAGAGCUGGAGAUGAGGCGGGUCUGAGGACAGCCAGGGCCAACCUAUCCCGGGGCAUCAGAGAGGCUAAGAGGCAGUACUCCAGGAGGUUAGCCCAUAAAUUCAGUGACAGCAGAGACACUCGGAGGCUGUGGCAGGGGAUACAAACCAUUACAGACUACAAGCCUCUACCACGGACCUGUGAUAGUAACAUCUCUCUGCUGAACGAGCUGAACACCUUCUUUGCUCGCUUUGAGAAGCAAAACAGCACCACUGCACAGAAAACUCCACCUCCUCCCGGUGACCAGGUAAUGAUGCUGACCCCGGAUAGCGUGAGGAGAUCCUUCAGCAGGAUCAAUGUACGCAAAGCUCCGGGUCCUGACAACAUCCCUGGACGUGUACUGAGAGACUGUGCAGUGGAACUCACUGAUGUCUUCACAGACAUUUUUAACAUCUCACUCAGUCAAGCUGUUGUCCCCACAUGCUUCAAAGCUGCCACCAUCAUUCCAGUCCUGAAAAAGCCGUCUCCAUCAUGCUUCAAUGAUUACCGUGCUGUUGCUCUUACUUCUAUCAUCAUGAAGUGCUUCGAACGGCUAGAUCGGCAGAUCGGCCAAACCGCUCGACUGAUGAUGCCAUCUCAACUGCCAUGCAUUCAGCACUCACUCAUGUGGACAAAAAGGACUCAUACAUUAGAAUGUUGUUCAUAGACUUUAGUUCAGCAUUCAACACUAUCAUUCCCCAACAGCUCAGUAAUAAACUGCUUCAACUUGGGCUCAGCACUUCACUGUGCAACUGGAUAUUGGACUUUCUGACUGGAAGACCUCAGGCAGUACGGGUCGGCAGCAACACAUCCAGCACCAUCACACUGAACAAUGGGGCCCCCCAAGGAUGUGUGCUGAGCCCCCUUCUCUUCACCCUGCUGACCCAUGACUGCACACCACAUCACACAACUCCAACCUCUUUAUCAAGUUUGCGGAUGACACGACUGUAGUGGGUCUCAUUAGCAACAAAGAUGAGACAAACUACAGGAACGAGGUGAGACGCCUGGCUGGGUGGUGUACUGACAACAAUCUCUCUCUGAACGUGGAGAAGACGAAGGAGAUUGUUGUUGACUUCAGGAGAACGCACACUCAGCAUGCUCCUCUGUCCAUCAACGGUGCCACUGUGGAGAGAGUGAAUAGCACCAAGUUCUUGGGUGUGGUCAUCACAGAGGACCUCUCCUGGACUGGAAACGCAGCAGCACUGGCCAAGAAAUCACAGCAGCGUCUCUACUUCCUCCACAAACUGAGAAGAGCCAGCACCACGCCACCCAUCAUGCACACCUUCUACAGAGGCACCAUUGAGAGCAUACUAUCGAGCUGCAUCACUGUGGUACGGUGCUUGCAACGCAUCCUGCCGGAAGACACUACAGCGCAUAGUGAGAGCAGCUGAGAGGAUUAUUGGUGUCCCUCUCCCCUCCCUCCAGGACAUUUACGCGACCCGUAUCACCCGAAAAGCCCUCUGCAUUGCAGGUGAUCCCACCCACCCAUUACACAGCUUCUUCAGUCUGCUGCCAUCAGGGAGGAGACUGCGGAGUCACCGGGCCAGGACCAACAGAUUGAAGGACAGCUUCAUUCAUCAGGCUAUCAGGAAGCUGAACUCACUUUCAAACUUGCCUCCACUUCUCUUUUCUGCCACAGGCUCCACAGAUAUAUGAAGCCAACACUCCCCUUCAGAUCCCACAUCCUCAAGGACCUUCCACUCCCCCUCCCACUAACAUAAGGAAACAUGCACCAGUCACUUUGUGCAGCAUUGGUCUGCCUAUUCUCCACUGCAUCUACAUAUGCUUUGCACUUUAUUUAAAUCUAAUUGCUAAUAUUUUGCACCUUGGGACUGA